UUUCGUCAAAAUGAUUUUGUGUAGAUCAAAAAUUACGUGUUACACCUUAACAAAAGUUCUUGGGCGUCGGUUCUCGACACCAAUCUGUCUACCACCGCCCGCUGAACCCAUUGUUACUAUUUUGGAUUCGUUAAGUACCGUUGGUAGUAACCUUGCUUUCCUAUUAAAGCAGCAUCCGCUUGUUAAAGAGCUAAGAGUAUAUGAUGAACAAGAAAACACCUUAGGACUGGCCGAAGAUCUGAACUCCAUUGAUACACGUACUUGCAUACGUUCAUUUAGUUGUCGAGCAAUGAAAGACGCUAUAAAGGGAGCACACAUCGUUAUAUCUACUGGUGACUGUCAAUGUAAAUCUGGACAAACCCAAAAAGAACUGUUUGCCAAAAAUAUUGACAAUGUUAGAAAUGCUGCCAUUUUCCUGUCUGAAUUUAACCCAGCAGCUAUAUUUUGUAUAGCGAAACCACCAGUUGAAGCUUUAGUCCCAAUGGUGACAGAAGAAUAUAAAAAAACUGAAACGUAUGAUCCGCGAAAAAUUAUUGGAGUAACGACACCUUUUUCAGUAAUUGCCAGUACUAUGAUAGCUGAGCAUUUAAAAGUAGAUCCGGGAUGUCUGUACUGUCCCAUAAUUGGUGGAAUGAGUCCAGUGUCUACAGUACCUGUCAUAUCGCAAGCAAGACCUAAAUUGGAGUAUAAUUCCAAAGUGUAUGCACAAUUACAAGAAGAAAUAGCAAACGCUGAGGAAACUUUAUUAACUAAGGGCAGUCCCAUGUGUUACUCUAAUGCCCUAGCGAUUACCAGAUUUAUAAAUUUACUUCUUAAGGCGUUCAGAGGUGAACGAAACUGUGUAGAGUGUGCUUACGUGGCCCAGACUGGCCACAUUGGAGAUUUGCUGCCUUAUAUGACUUCUAUCGUUCAAUUAGGACCUCAAGGCGUGUCUUCCACACAUAUGCCAAGAACCAACGAAUUAGAAAUUGCUCGUCUGAAGGCUGCGGUUCCCCACAUAUUAGAAAAUAUUCUGUUAGGGCAAACCUUUUUACAUGGAGACUUUGACCUACCAUUCAAACCCAGAAAAGUUUGUGACGAAGUUCUUAAGCAAAAAGUACAAGAAUGUAAUCAGCGAGCAAAUAUGUAACAAAAUAAAGAGUAUUAUUA